UCAAGAGUUGGUAUCACACAUCAACUAGCUCUUCAGCAAGUAACAAGUGACAAUUUAAAAAAAUCAAAAUGAAAUUCGUCGUAGCUCUCGUUGCCCUCUUCGCCGUCGCUUUGGCCGCACCACAAAAUCCAGAUGCAUCAGCAACAAUUGUUCAACAAACUUCUGAUAUUGAUCCACAAGGAAACUUCCAAAACUCAGUCCAAACCUCAAACGGAAUUCAAGAGCAAGCACAAGGUAAUUUGGUAGAUAACCCAGCACGAGCAUCGCCUGAAGAUCCAACUGCUUACAUCACACAACAAGGUUCAUACUCAUACACUGCCCCAGAUGGUCAACAAAUCACCGUUGACUGGACUGCCGAUAAAGAAGGUUUCCAUCCAAAAGGUGCACAUUUGCCAGUUGCUCCAGUUGCUUAAGUCAAUCAACCACGAUGAUUUCUCGAUAGACAUUAUAUACAAAAUAACAUCAUGUAUGGUAUUAUCGGAACAUUAGUUAAUAAAUAAAAAAAAAGUCGCAAAAAAACCA